GGCUCGGACGGGGGCUUUCGGGUAGAGUUGGAGACGGGCAAGGGAGCCCUGGAGCGAGGGAGAAGCGUCGUGCGUAGCCCAGACAUCGUGCGCUGAGGCGAGCCUUUGCAGGCCUGCCGACCUGUCAUACUGCACGACCAUCAUGCCUUGAUAGUCCUCUUGGGGCUACGUUGUGUCCAAAGCUGCUGGAUAGGGGGCACAAAACGCCAAACGUCGAGGCCAUCGCUCCGGGCUAGCUUGCGGCGCAAGCUCUGGGCGCGCAAUAGUGCAAUACGUGCGCUAUAGAGGCCAUGAACAGCUCCAAGUUAUGGAUGCGGGUUACUAGUGAAGGGACAGCCCGACACGCCGUACCCACGUCGCGAGGGGCCUUGUUAUGCAGUGCCCGCCGUGCCGCCCCCUAGCGCACAACGGUGUGCAUGUACACGAGCCUCCGGUCAGUGGAGGUCCUUGCGGAGCUCGUCGGCGUGCUGCCUCCAGAGGGGGCGCCCAUUCUCCAGAAGCUGGUGAAGGCGGUGAGAGAGGACGUGGAGGAGGCGCAACAGGAGGCGCAGCAGCGCGUGGAGAAGGCGGAGCAGCGCGCGGAGAAGGCGGAGCAGAGAAAGGAUGAGGCGGUGGCAGUGAUGAUCAGGGAGAAAGACGCGAAGAUGGUGCUUGUGGACGCGAAGAUGGUGCUUGCGGACAAGCUCCACCUGCGGGAUAAGUUGCUCUCGCGGGCCAUGUACUCCGCGGGCGUCCGGGACGGCCGCAGCUGCCUGGAGUACCUGGAGGACCUCAUCGGCAUCGCCAAGUGGCAGCGCGUCCAGGGCUGGACCAAGGUCCUGGAGCAGCGGCCCGACCUGAUCAAGUGCCUGGCCGAGGCGGCGCCGUCCUGGGGCGUGGAUGCGAACAACCCCAGCGCGGCAGGGAAGCUGGCGGGCAAGAUCGCGGGCAUGUUCAACGUGCUCAGCUGCGGAAUCCACCCCUUCAUCCCCGGGGUGGGCCUGGUCGUGUACACCGGCGUUCUGGACGCGCCCACGUGCGAGGGCCUGGUGUGCCUGGCGGAGGCGCUCGGAGUGCCGUGCGAGCGGCAUCGGUCCCGUUCGCCUUGAGUGGCCGAGCAGCCUUCAGCACCCGGCGGGUGGAGGCAACGGGGGCAUAACCACGAGUGUCCUCUGCGGGGGCGGCAUGACUCCGCCGUGGGGGGCAGCUGGGAUGGCCGCGACCCCUGACGUCUGUUGCGCGCCAUAGUGGCAUGCGCUGGGCCGCCUGGUGUGCCCCUUGAGAUUAUGCAGCUGCCACCGGUGGUUGGGGGUGUGGGCCAGCUGCCGUUGGUGCAGCGCGUACAGGCGCGGCGGGCGGGGUUGACGGUGCGGUGUGUGCUGGGGGCGUGUGACCUGCUCCCGUACGUGCCUCCUUGGACUUGGGUGGUGGUCGCGUGGCUUUCGGCGGGUGCAUUUGGAUGUGACACCGCUGCGGUUGUUGGUGCAUGGGGUUGGCUCGCGGGUGUUGGAUAAGCCCCUUGCCCCGGCCUGCCCCCUUUCUGCGCGUCUGUUGGGCGCUAUGUCGCACUUGCCGCCAUUGUCUUUGGUGGCGCCGCCUGCGCCCGGUUCAUGCUACUGCGGAGGCUGUGACAGAGGUGGUGCGGGGGCUGGCCCCUAACACCGGGCUUACGUUUUGGAUGCUGGUAUGUUAGACGGACGUUCCUUUGGCGGGGACCCUAGCACGGUUGUGGGGUCUUCAAUGGGAGAACCAGCACAAAGAAGCGUUGUGGAGGGUGGUGUGAAUGCGUGCUGGGCGUUCCCUCGCCAUGCAUGCGCAGGAGCUGGCUGCUGGUGUCACCGCUCCUUGCUGUGCGUGCGGUGUUUGUGCGCGGAGUCACGCGGAUUCCGACUGCGGGAGGGUUUGCUCGUGUUUGCUGCAGCUUCAGAUGACCCUUGUGUGCUUGCACACUCGGGCUGUCCCCUCUGUAACACCGCAAUCAU